AUGGAACGUAUCGACGUCCACCACCACUUCAUCCCCCCCGCUUAUGUUGAGGCAUUCAAGACCACUGGAGGAGAUCCCUCGGGGUGGCAUCUUCCCCAAUGGACGCCGGAAUCCAGUAUCUCGCUGAUGGACUCCCACAACACCCGAACGGCCAUCCUUUCCCUGACUGCGCCGGGCACUUCCAUCCUGGCCCACUCACCUGGAGCUUCGGCCACCCUCGCCCGAGAGAUUAAUCUUUACGCAGCGAAGUUGCACAAUGAAAGUCCGACCCGUUUCGGCUUCUUCGCGAGUCUACCCCAUCUGACCCCCGACACCAUCCCCGCUGCUAUCGAGGAGGCGAUCUACGCGCUAGAGACCCUACAUGCAGAUGGGAUCACGCUAUACACCCGCUAUACUGGAACCGGCUAUCUUGGGCAUGACGCCUUUGCGCCUCUAUGGGAGGAACUGAACCGCCGCAAGGCCGUCGUGUUCAUCCAUCCGACGAAUACGGCGGCGGACGCUCGGAACCGGUCGAUCCUCGUCAAUCCUGCGCUUCCCCAGCCGAUUAUUGACUACCCGCAUGAGACGUGCAGGACGGCUGUCGAUCUGAUUACGUCUGGCACUAUCUCCCGCAACCCGGAUGUCAAGAUCAUCCUUUCCCAUGGCGGUGGCACAUUGCCUAUCCUUGCGACACGCGCAGCACAUCUUCUUUACGAUGCCAAAUUGACCAGCAUUAGCCCAGAAGACUUCCUAGAGCAGGCACGGAGCUUCUAUUUUGAUCUGGCGUUGUCUGGCAACGAAGAAAAUAUGCAGUUACUGGUGGGGAGGAAUGGAUUUGCAAAGGGGGGGCAUGUCUUCUAUGGCAGUGACUUCCCCUAUGCACCGGUAAGUACGAUCAACAAAUAUGUGCGGAUGAUGGAAGGGUUCUCGGUCCAGGGCGAGGAGGUGGAAAAGGCAAUUGCCAGAGAUUCGGCCGUGAAGUUGUUUCCGCGAUUCCAGAUGCCUGCAGACUUACGUGUCGGAAAGACCAAUAAUUGGGGCGCGUUUUCCGCCUGCUUAUUGCUUCCUGUUGGUUUAUCAGCUCUCUAUUCCGUACUGCAGUCUCGUGUUCAUACUUAUAGUACCUAG